AUGCAGAACGACAAGUACGAGCCUCCGGCCGGCCCGCCGCCUGUAGCGCAACCGUCACAAGUCCACCACGACGCAGGCCCAUAUUACCCACCAAACACCUACGUCGACGAAACUCGUGGCCCAGUUCCCAACGCAUAUUCUCCCGCGCAGGGUCCUAAUGGCAUCUAUCCCCCUCCUCAAGGCUGGAAUCAAGGUCCAGGCCCGUGGCCUCAAGGGCCACAAGCCUAUGGGCCGGGACCCUACGGACCGCCGCAGCAAGGCAUGUACUACCAACCAGGACCGCCAGUAGGGUACUUCGACGACCGACGGGGACCAAGUGCCGCUGAUGGGUGCUGUGCAGCAUUUCUCGCCGCGUUGACUUGUUGCUGUUGUCUUGAUAUCCUGUUCUAA